GCUCAGUAAAGAAGCAGAUGAUAUGGCAGCUUUAAGAGCGACCAGGUGGAACUUGCUUUGUUAACGCGGCUAAACGUUGGAUUAUGAAAACAGUUUGUGUUGGAGACGGCAGCUGCUCAAAAUGAUUUACUUAAUAUUGAUUUCCGCGUUCUCCGGGGCAGUCGUUACGUUGAUAUUACAGUUUUUGCUAAUAUACCGGAGAAGCCCGGAGCCCAUAGGCAGGACAGUGCAGUAUGUCAAAGUAGUGCCUGAUAACGCAUUGAAGGAUUACUUUAAUACCCAACAUGCCGAAGCAGGCCAGCAGCAGCAGCAGCAGCAGCAGGACAGCACAGCAUCUGGUGCAUGCAAACAGCCAGAGGCCGUCUCAAACAGGCAGCAGGAAGCGGCUGUCACCAGCGGCAGCCCCAAACAACAGCCGCCACCGCCUUCACAAAACGACAGCGUUGAUGCAGCCAAAUCUGAAACGUGCAAUUUCCUCAAUGCUAUAUUUUUGUUCCUGUUCAGAGAGCUCCGAGACACCCCUGUCGUUAGACACUGGCUCACCAAAAAGAUCAAGGUGGAGUUUGAGGAGCUGCUGCAGACCAAGACAGCCGGCCGGCUCCUGGAGGGACUCAGUCUCAGGGACAUCUCCCUGGGUAAUUCUCUCCCCGUGUUUAAAACGGCCAAACUUAUGAAGCCGGUGCACCUGAACGAGGACGGCAUGCCCGAGGAGCUCAACUUUGAGGUGGACAUCGAGUACAGCGGCGGGUUUCACCUGGCCAUCGACGUCGAGCUGGUGUUUGGGAAGUCUGCUUACCUGUUCGUUAAGAUGAGGCGCGUGGUGGGGAGGCUGAGGCUGCAGUUCACGCGCAUGCCCUUCUCCCAUUGGUCCUUCUCCUUCCUGGAGGACCCGCUGGUGGACUUUGAGGUGAAGUCCCAGUUUGAAGGAAGGCCGCUGCCUCAGCUCACCUCCAUCAUAGUCAACCAGCUGAAACGGGUCAUCAAGAAGAAACACACCUUACCCAACUACAAGAUCAGAUACAAGCCCUUCUUCCCGUUCCAAGUACAGCCUCUGCUGGGUUCAGCUUGUGAUGUGGACUUGUCAAUCCAGGAGAGCAGACUGGUGGAAGGCCGACUUAAAGUCACCCUCAUUGAAUGUAGCAGACUGUUCAUCCUGGGCUCCUAUGACAGAGAAACCUAUGUACACUGCACCCUUGAGCUGAGCUCCCACCAGUGGAAGGAGAAGACUCGCAGCUCCAUCAAACGGACGGAGGUAGUCAAGGGGCAAUGCGGCAGCGUUGGGAUGACGUUCAGGCAUGUCCCUGCCAGCGAGGGGGAUGCAGUGCACGUCAGCAUUGAGACAGUCACACACAACUCCCCUGCUGCCUUGGCAGACCUGCAAAGGGGUGAUCGUCUAAUCGCCAUUGGAGGUGUCAAAGUGACAUCCUCAGUUCAAGUGCCCAAACUGUUGAAGCAGGCUGGAGAAAGGGUGGUGGUACUUUAUGAGAGACCAGUUCGUCACCAGACCCCCUCUUUUGGAAGUCUCGGAACUCUUCAGGAAGGGUUUGGGCAGCUAGAGGAAACUGGUUUUAUUUCUCAGCCUGUGGGUUAUGAGGAAGACCCAGCCCCCAUUACCACUCUUUCUGACAUAUCUGACAGCAAAGACAUGGACUCUGAGUUUGAAGAGCUGAUUAUGGAAUCCAAAUCCAGCCAGAUUGGUGGCCCUAACAGCACCACCACAGCUAUCAGUGAUACUAAGGAGGAUUCCUUACUUACAGUAAACCAAAGCCCUAAAAGGACUGUGGCCAACUUGGCCUCCAAGCCUCUUGGUACCAUAUCACCCAUUCUUAACCGCAAGUUGAACUUGGCUGGUCUCCAGUCCCCACUAAAGCCCCAGCCAAAAGAAUCACCAAAGCCCUCACCACAUAAGACCAAUAGUGAGCCAAUGGAGGGUCUGCAACGCCCCACAGUCCCGCCCCCACCUCCUCCUUCUCGUCCCCCAAUGCCGCCAAGACCUCAGAUCAGGUUGACUUCAGCCUCAUCAGAAACUGGUCUUUUGGAAGGCACUGAUUCUGUGUCAACUACUAAUGCUACAAUUGUUCCUACCACGACCCCCAUUAACGCUUCUGAAAAAUCUCCAGAAAAAGCUCCCCCCACUGGAGCCAAUGAAGAGAAGGCUGGCACUGAGAAGGUGUGUCUCAAACAGGCUGAAGUUAAGCAGUCUACCAGGCCAGCAGAGUCCAGUGAUGAGCUGCUAGUCCCUUUCACUGUGACCAACAGCAGUAAAGCUGAUCAGGCAAAGGACAAAGCCUCAGAAAGCUCCUGCAGCACACGCGACAGUCUAGAGGACCACUCCUUCCGGGAAUCCCCAGAAACCAUGUUUCGUAACCAGACAGCACGCUGGCCAAAGGCCUCUGUGGUGUUUGAGGUGGAGAGCAACCAUAAGUACCUUAAUGUGGCCCUUUGGUGCAAAGAUCCCUUUAAGCUGGGAAGUUUGUUGUGCCUGGGUCAUGUCAGCCUCCAGCUGGAGCAUGUAGCCCUGGAAUGCAUGGCCACAUCCUCAGCAGAGUACCAGAGCACCUUUAGGUUGGGGCCCCCAGAGCCCAGAGCUAAUGUCAGUCGCACAGCAUUACGCAGCCUCGGCACCCACAAGGGCUUCAAUGAGAAGCUGUGUUAUGGAGAUAUUACUCUGAACUUCUGUUACUUGGCAGAGGGUGAGAUGGAAUAUCCAGUAGGGAUGACAGAAAGGGAGCGAGAGGGCAGUCUUCAUGAUGAGGAUCUGAGGGAGAGGGAGCAUGUUUCCACUACACAGCGUGAUGACUUGGCCUAUGGCACCAUGCAGUUGGUGGAGGUUCGUCACAACUUCCAGGACACCCAGUUCCAGAACCCCACAUGGUGUGAAUACUGCAAAAAGAAGGUUUGGACCAAGGCUGCUUCUCAGUGUAUGAUUUGCGCCUAUGUUUGCCACAAGAAGUGCCAGGACAAGUGCCUCGCUGAAAAUCCCUUCUGUGUGGCAGCAACUGAACGUCGCGGAGCUGACCCUGAAGCCAAAUCAACCAUUAACCGGGCCACCACUGGCCUAACGCGGCAUAUCAUCAACACCAGCUCCCGUUUGCUUAACCUCCGCCAGGUGCCCAAGACUCGGCUGGUUGAACAGGUGGCUGAUGUGGUACCUGGAGUAGUGGAGCCGUCACCCAAGCAUACCCCCAACACCUCAGACAAUGAAAGCAGUGAUACUGAGACCUACACCAGUGGUGCCAGCCCCUCAAAGCAGCCUGUCGGCAGUGGUGGCAGUAGUAAACUUGUACGCAAGGAAGGUGGGUUGGAUGACAGUGUGUUCAUUGCUGUAAAGGAAAUAGGCCGUGACCUGUAUCGGGGACUGCCCACAGAUGAGCGCUCCCAGAAGCUGGAGUUGAUGCUGGACAAGCUGCAGCAAGAAAUUGAUCAGGAGCUGGAGCACAAUAACGCCCUUCUGCUGGAAGAGAGGGAGGCCACAGAUGUCCGGCGCAAGGCCCUAAUUAGUACUGCCCUGGCUAAGUCUGGGGAGAGACUCCAAGCCCUCACCCUGCUAAUGAUCCACUACAGGGCAGGCAUUGAGGACUUGGAAUCAGUGGAGAGCACCUCUCCUUCAGAGCAGCAAGGCUUUAAAGGCAAAGGAGAAGGCCUGGAAGAAGAAGCCCUGAUGGGGACAGAGGUCUAUGACAGUGACAUUUGCAGCCCUGUGGAGGUGCAACUGCUGGAUGACAUUACAGAAGAGCAGAUCUGUGUAGAGGCUCUCCACUAAAUAAGACUAGAAACGAGAAUGAAGAGGAGGGUGUGCUUCGGGCUCAUGUCUCUCAACAAAAUUAUGCCCAUUGUUUUUGUGAGAUUGGGGAUAUCAGCAGUCCAUUUUAAAUAUCGGGCAUGUUGGGGUCCAGUGUUUGAUACCCAUGUUUUUUAUUUUUACGUGAUAAAGGAUGGGUAAAGGAUUUUCCACUCAAAGGACUUAUUGAUGUUUUGAUUUGCACAAUAUGAUGCAUUUUCCAUGCUUUUGGUUUUUAAAGGGAAGCUUGAGAGCUACACUAUUAUCUGCCCUCAGUAGUGCUGCAUGUGUUAUCCUCCAGCUUUGUAUUUCUGUGGCUUCGAAAUGUCAUUGUAAGCAUUUAAUUCAGUUUGCUUUCAUGUCUGUAACUGCUUUGACAUAAGGACUUAAGAAAAUGCGCACAUUUCUGUUGUCUACUUGUCUAAAUCAUCUUUCAGGAAGGAAAAUAAAUGUUCAUUAUUUGUUUGCUGUGAGUAACACGCCCAUAUGAAGGUGAAAUAUUUGAGUCAAUAACAGUGUGAGUAAUACCAGGGAAAAGCAGGUUUAGACAUUCACCUCAGUGGAACAUGUCAUUUGUCCAAGGACCCUGGAAGAAGUCAUACAUAUGUUUGGUUUGAGCACUUUUACUGUAAUAUAUUUAGAAUUGAGAAAUGCCUCUUUCUGCUCAAGAAGCUGGGAUUUCAGCAGCUGCAUAAUUGUUAGUGGAAUCUGAUAUUGUUUGCCUCUUUCUGUUAGUUUGUUGCAUUGUUUACCAUAUUACUCAUAGUUUUUUCUUUUUCUUGGGAGGGUGUAAGGAUGUUAUUGUCCUAGGUUAUAAUUAAUACAUUUCCUAACUAAUCUUUUUUCUUUUUUUGUCUUGCCAAGUCAUGUUUUGUCCAAAAUAUCUCGUCAACUUGUAACCCUCAACAAUGGCACAUUGAUAACUGAUCAAAAUCUUCAUGGGUACAAUGUGAGAAAUACAUUAUUGACACACAGCGUAUGUUAUAGAAUAAUUUUUGAAUCAAUGUUACCCAGGAGCUCUACUGUGUGCGUGUGUGUGUAGAUUUCCAUGUGAUUUUGUGCCGAUCAUUUGCCUUCACGAGUUGAAAACAACUCGUGAAGGCAAAUUAAUGUAUGUUCAACCCUUUCUGUGUUUUGUUAAUAUACAACUGUUUGGCACUGCCUUCCCCCAUUUCCUUGCUAAACAUCAAGCGUCAAUGUAGCCUGUUGCAGUGAUUCCAUCAUAACCAGCUACAGCUCCGAAAUGCUAUGCUGUUCCUCUAUCUUUAACAUCCUCAGAGAGCAACUGGAAAGAAUUGUUUGUGAGGAGGAAAUAUCUUUUUUUUCUUAGGUUACGAACCAAAAGCACUGAACCUUUUCUAAAUGGUGGUGUUCUUUUAUGCAUUUGUUCUGAUGGUUAUCAGUGCCGCAUCACGUAUUUCUAGCACAAAUACAAAUUAAUUUGUUAUUGGAUA